CUUUCUAUUCACUCAGUGAACACAUCUCAUUAUAUCAAAGUCAUGCUUUUUUUUGUUCUGCCGAUUACCCAUGUCUCAGUUAUAAGAAAGUUGUGUUCUUUUUCUGUUUUUCUUAUCAAGAGGGGUUCUAAUGCAUAUUUCAUGUAUAGUAUUCAUUGGAUUAUUCACUUUAGCUUUUUUAUUGGACUAUGUUGUUAUGUUUUGUUUUGUUUUUCCUGUGAUCUUAAACCAUUGUUGAUGUUGUUGUUGUUGAUAAUGCCUGCAUAUGUUCUUGACAUCUUAAUUUUAGCUUUCCAUAUGAUUCAUAUUUGUUGUUGAUUAUUCCUAUGGUUUAUGUCAAAAGUGUUGUGUUUACUGAAGUUUGUCAUCUACCAUGUUCAUGUAAGUGACAAUAGUUUUUGGCUACAUUCUUAAGAAGCAGGGGAAAUUUCAGCCAUGAUCUUUCUUUAUGUCAGCAAACUCAGAUCAUUGUCUUCUUUGAUCCCAGCCAAACUUUUAGGCUUUUGUUCUUGUUUACAUACUCGCUCAUUGUUGCCCUAUGCCAAACACGUCAAUUGGAACACAACCCACAGUUUUGUUCAUAGAAACCCACUUCUUUCUCUCGUAGAAAGAUGUAAAUCCUUGAUUCAGUUAAAGCAAAUUCAAGCUCAAAUGACCUUAACAGGCUUAAUAGACAAUAGCUUUGCUGCAAGUCGCCUUGUUGCUUUCUGCGCGCUCUCAGAAUCUCAAACACUUGGAUAUUGCACAAAAAUUUUAUAUCAUACAAACGAACCAAAUGUCUUUUCUUGGAAUACGACAAUUAGGGGAUAUAUAGAAAGUGGAGACUUAGAUGGAGCUCUUGUUUUGUACAAGAAAAUGUUGCAGUAUGAUGGGUUGAAGCCAGAUAAUCACACUUAUCCGUUAUUGCUUAAAGCAUGUUCUUCUCCUUCUCUAAAUUGUGUAGGUCAUACUAUAGUUGGACAUGUAUUAAAGUUUGGUUUUGAAUUUGACUUAUUUGUGCACAAUGCAUUGAUCUCUAUGCUACUGUCCUAUGGGGACUUAGAGGCAGCAUAUGAUGUGUUCAAUAGAGGAUGUGUGAGGGACCUGGUAACUUGGAAUGCGAUGAUCACGGGAUGUGUUAGAAGAGGACUGGAGAUUGAGGCUAUAAAACUUUAUCGAGAAAUGGAGGCUGAGAAGGUGAAACCAAAUGAGAUUACAAUGAUUGGGUUGGUUUCUUCUUGUUCUCGGUUACAUGAUUUGAAUCUUGGCAGAGAAUUUCAUUGUUACAUCGAAGAACAUAAGCUUGAGUUGACAGUUCCACUUAUUAAUGCACUUAUGGACAUGUAUGUGAAGUGUGGAGACCUAUUGGCUGCACAAGUUUUGUUUGAUAACAUGGCACAGAAGACCAUUGUUUCAUGGACUACAAUGGUUCUUGGAUAUGCCAGAUUCGGUUGUCUUGAUAUUGCUAGGAAAAUUUUAUAUAAAGUUCCAGAGAAGAGUGUUGUUCCUUGGAAUGCAAUCAUCAGUGGCUGUGUUCAAUCCAAGCAUAGUAAGGAGGCAUUGACUUUAUUCCAUGAAAUGCAAAUUAAUAAUAUAGAGCCUGAUAAAGUGACCAUGAUUAACUGCUUGUGUGCAUGUUCACAACUAGGAGCACUUGAUGUUGGAAUAUGGAUUCACCAUUAUAUUGAAAGAAAAAAUCUUUCUGUAGAUGUCACCUUGGGAACUGCUCUAGUUGACAUGUAUGCCAAGUGUGGAAAUAUUGACAAGGCUCUCCAGGUUUUUCAAGAGCUUCCUCAAAGAAAUUGUUUGACCUGGACAGCCAUUAUUUGCGGUUUAGCAUUUAAUGGGAAUUCUUGUGAUGCUAUAUACUAUUUCUCAGAAAUGAUUCGUGUUGGAUUGAUGCCUGAUGAGAUCACCUUUCUUGGUGUCUUAUCAGCUUGUUGCCAUGGAGGUUUAGUUGAAGAAGGCCGCAAAUAUUUUUCCCAAAUGAGCUCCAAAUUCAAUAUAUUCCCUAAGCUUAAACACUACUCUUGCAUGGUGGAUCUUCUAGGAAGGGCUGGUCAUCUGGAGGAUGCUGAAGAGCUUAUCCAAAAUAUGCCUAUAGAAGCGGAUGCUGCGGUAUGGGGUGCUUUAUUCUUUGCUUGUCGUGUUCAUGGCAAUGUUCAGAUUGGGAAGAGGGCAGCUAUGAAGCUCCUUGAGAUGGAUCCUCAAGAUAGUGGGAAUUAUGUUCUCCUUGCUAGCAUGUACAGUGAAGCGAAAAUGUGGAAGGAGGCAAGGAGUGCAAGGAAACUAAUGAAGGAAAGAGGGGUUGAUAAGCUUCCUGGUUGCAGCUCCAUUGAGAUCAAUGGCAUUGUUCAUGAGUUUGUGGUAAAGGAUGCAUUACAUCCAGAGUCUGAAAUGAUUUAUGAAAGCCUGAUUUCUUUGACAAAGCAACUGGAGCUUCUUGAAGUUACAUCCGCUGUUCCAGCUUCUAGAGAUAAUCUUUCCUUCUAAACUAGCCUGCUUACUUGGUGUGCCUCUGCCGACUUCUCAUAAAAUCAUGUACCUGAACCUCAACGCUACAUGAAUUUAACAUAAUAAGGGCUUAGGAGUCCAGAGGAAGCUGGCAUUGUAAUUUUGCCUGACAUUGAGGAGAGCAAUUGAGAACUGGAUUCGAUUCAAGAUAUUUGUAUAUCAUUGCUGAAGUGGACACCGCUG